ACUGUUCUCUUCCCUCUCCUUCCUUGCAAGGCAAACAUAAAAGACCUCUCCCACAUCCUGAAAAAGAUGCCCCAGUAUCAGAAGGAACUGAACAAGUACUCGACACACCUGAACUUGGCCGAUGACUGCAUGAAACACUUUAAGGGCACCGUGGAGAGACUCUGCAGUGUCGAGCAGGACCUGGCUUUGGGCACAGAUGCAGAAGGGGAGAAGAUUAAGGAUGCCAUGAAGCUGAUUGUUCCCGUGCUGUUGGACACUGGGGUCCCCCCGUAUGACAAGAUCCGUAUCCUCCUACUCUAUAUCUUGCUGCGGAAUGGAGUGACCGAGGAGAAUCUGGCCAAGCUCAUCCAACAUGCCAAUGUGCAGGCACACAGCAACCUCAUCCGAAACCUGGAGCAGCUCGGGACCACAGUCACCGUUGCCACGGGCUCCGGGGCCCCUACCCGAGGAGAUCGAAAGGAGAGGUUGGAGCCAACUUACCAACUAUCCCGCUGGACACCCGUCAUCAAGGACGUGAUGGAGGACGCUGUGGAGGACAAGCUGGCCCGGAAACUAUGGCCCUUUUUAUCUGACCCUGCCCCCGCCUCCAGCUCCCAGACUGCUGUCAGCGCCCGCUUUGGUCACUGGCACAAGAACAAAACUUCAGUGGAGUCUUCCCGGGCUGGGCCCCGACUCCUGGUUUACAUGCUGGGUGGCGUGGCUAUGUCUGAGAUGCGGGCAGCCUACGAGGUGACCCGGGCCACUGAAGGAAAGUGGGAGGUGCUCAUUGGGGCCAGUGGGAUGAAGACUGCCUCCACCUUCCUCUUCAUCAUCUUCCUCAUCCUUCCUGGGCACCUGGUCCUGGGGCAGGCUCACUGUUCCCUAGAUGAGCUCUUAAACAAGAAGAUCGAGGAGCAGGCUAGCUCCUAUGUUCUGGCUGCCGUUCAAAAGCUUCAAGUGAGCUGCUUCAGUGUUACCUCUCGGGGUGCUCUAGCCACCUGCCCCUCAGGGUCCAUCGUCACAAGCUGUUCAUGUGGCUCAGCCUGUGGCUCCUGGGAUGUUCGUGAACCCACCACGUGUCACUGUCAAUGUGCUGGAAUGGACUGGACUAGUGCCCGCUGCUGCAAGUUUGGGGGCCAAUGAUGAGCCGAGACAGAGCCUUCCUUUGCCUUCUUCCCACCAAAUCCUUCCUGAGUGUGGCCUGCUCCCAGGAGUCAAAGCUAGAGGUUAAAUAAACAUGGCAUGUGGUCAGAG